UCCUUAUUUGGACUGACGACAGAUGUGAAACAACUUCUAGAAAAUACGGGAAGUGAAGAUUCGAAUGUUUGUCAUGUAGUUCUGUCCCUAGAAAUCCAGAGGCGCAUAACAGUGAGGAUUGUUCUAAAAGCAUUAACUCUACCUCAUCUUCUGGAACUUUGCUUUUUUUCUUGGACAACAGAAUAUCUUUACAGGGUUACGUCGAGGCCUCCAAGGGUCCGGGCGAGUCGUGUGUGCCGCUGCUCCAUAGGAGAGUAGCCCAAGGCUUUUGCCUCGCUCGCCGCGAUGCAGAGAGGCUCUGCAGAUUCGUGCAACAUGGUGCCUGGGUUGUGCCUGCUGCUGCUGCUGUUGCUGCCGCGCAUCUCCGCGGACACACCGGAGCCCUGCGAGUUCGAUGAUGAAGAUUUUCGCUGCUUCUGCAAUUUCACGGAUCCGGAGCCCAACUGGUCGAGCGCCUUACAGUGUACGGUGGCCGUGGAUGUGGAGAUCCGUGGCGGAGGCCGCGGCCUGGAACAAUUCCUCAGGCACGCAAACACCGAUCCGAGCCAGUACGUGGAUAUGGUCAAGGCUCUGCGCUUGCGACGGCUCACGCUGGGCGACGCGCGGGCGCCGAUUCAGCUCCUGGUCGGCCUCCUGAGAGCGCUCGGGUCUUCCCAACGCUUCAAAGAGCUGACGCUUGAGAACAUGGAGAUAACCGGCACACUGCCACCCGUGACUCUGGAAGCCACGGGGCCUGCGCUGUCCACUCUUCGUUUCCAUAAUGUAUCGUGGGCAUCAGGAAAGACUUGGCUGUCCGACUUGCAGCGGUUGCUCAAGCCGGGCCUGAAGGUCCUGAGCAUCACGCGAACGCCCACGCUUUCCUUCGCCUGCGCACAGCUCGACCCCUUCCCAGCACUCAGCAGCCUAGACCUGUCUGAGAAUUCUGCUCUGGACGAGCUUGGAUUGCAAGAGGCUCUCUGCACCGACAAGUUCCCCGCGCUCCAGGACCUGGCGCUUCGCCGGGCGGGCGUGCAGACGCUGGAUGGGGUGUGCUCGGCGCUGGCCGCGGCGGGUGUACGGCCGCGGAGCCUCGACCUCAGCCACAAUGCGCUGCGGACACCUAGCCCGGGCGCCGCUGCCCAGUGCGUCUGGCCGGGCGAACUGAACGCUCUCAUCCUGUCCUUCGCGGGGCUGGAGCAGGUUCCCAGAGGUCUGCCGGCCAAGCUGGACGUGCUCGAUCUCCGCGGCAACCGGCUGACGAGGGUGCCGGAACAGGACGAGCUUCCCGAGGUGAAAACGAUGAUCCUGGACAGGAACCCCUUUCUCGACCCCGAAUUCGCUAAACACCAUGAAACCCAGAGAAAGUCCAGUGCGGUUCCAGCCAGUGCAACUUCGGUCUUGGCCAUAGGGCUGGCAGGAGCUGCAGUGUUGCUUAGAGGGGCCGGGGACUUCGCCUGAGG